AAUUAUUUUUCCCCUUGUCGGUUUUGUUUUGGUGUUGUUGCGGAUUUAAUGCCACACGUGUGUUAUUAUUAUUUUCCUCUUCCAGCUUUUUGUUUUGGUUUUGUCGUUAUUGUGGCAAAAAAAAUCGCGUCAGGUUCGUGUUUCAAUAGUGGUCGUAGAAAUUGCUGGUUUUGUGGAGCUGACACUUCCUUUCUUUCUCAUCAAACCCCACUUUUUCCGCCGAGGCUCUACCGUUCCGUUAUGCUCCUAACAUUUACUUCCCUUUCUUUCUGUUUUUUUUUUUUAAUUUCUUGGUGAUAACUAAUUUUUCAGAGUAUUCUUGGUAAUUUUUCAAGAAUCGAAAUUUCCAUAAAAUUUGGAACAGAAGGCCAAAACUUUGUUGUAGGAUAUUCAUGAUUCUUGCUUAUUUUGUUUCUUUUUUGGAAAAAGAGAUUGUUCUCAGGUUUGUAUAAAGCUGUGGCUUAGGUGAUUUUUGGAAAAUGGAUUUAAGCGAGCUCGAAGAGAAUUUGUUCGCUGCUAGCGAUGCCAAGUUACACAGAGAUAUGUGCAAGGAACUAUCUGCAGUUUAUUGCAAGGUAUUGUCUAUCUUCCCUUCCUUGGAAGAAGCACGUCCCCGGAGUAAAUCAGGGAUUCAAGCCUUGUGCUCGUUACAUAUCGCGCUUGAGAAAGCCAAGAACAUUCUUCAACACUGCUCUGAGUGUAGCAAACUUUACUUGGCUAUAACUGGAGACGCUGUUCUGUUAAAAUUUGAGAAAACAAAGUCUGCACUUAUCGAUAGUCUUAGACGCGUGGAGGACAUUGUCCCUAGCUCAAUUGGCUCUCAGAUUUUGGAUAUUGUAGGUGAACUAGAGCACACCAAGUUCUUGCUUGAUCCAUCAGAGAAAGAAGUCGGCGACAGUAUAAUCGCACUACUACAACAAGGCAAGAAAUUUGACAACGGCACCGACAACGCCGAGCUUGAAAUAUUCCACCAAGCAGCUACUAAACUCAGCAUAACUUCAUCCAGAUCAGCUCUUGCAGAGCGGCGUGCUCUAAAGAAGCUCAUUGACAAGGCACGUGCGGAAGAAGACAAACGGAAAGAGUCAAUCGUGGCUUACCUCUUGCAUCUCAUGAGAAAAUACUCCAAGCUUUUCAGAAGCGAAGCUGUGGAUGAGAAUGACUCUCAGUGUUCGCCACCAUGUUCCCCCACUGGUAAUGAAGACCGUCCCCAUGCGUUUGGGCGUCAGCUAUCUAAGUUUGGUUCUGUUAAUAACAGUAGGAAACCAGGACAGAUGAUGCCAACUCCACCAGAAGAACUCAGGUGUCCCAUAUCCUUGCAGCUUAUGUGUGAUCCUGUCAUUAUUGCCUCUGGACAGACUUAUGAACGUGUCUGUAUCGAGAAAUGGUUGAGUGAUGGACAUAACUCUUGCCCCAAGACUCAGCAGCAGCUCCCACAUCUUUCCCUGACUCCUAAUUACUGUGUGAAAGGUCUGAUUGCGAGCUGGUGUGAGCAGAAUGGAAUCACAGUCCCUACUGAACCACCACAAUCUCUUGACCUCAACUACUGGAGACUAGCGCUGUCUGACUCUGAUAGUAGAUCUUGCACACCGAAGGACGCAAAACUCGUUCCUUUGGAGGAGAGUAGUACUAUUGGUCCGGAACAACAACAACACAAAGAAGAUGUCACUGUGGCUGAUGUAGAUGUUGAGGAGACUUCUGCUGCUAUCAAUGUUCUAGAACAGUAUCAGGAUAUAUUGGCUAUCUUGGACAAAGAGGAGGACUUGGGUGAAAAAUGCAAAGUAGUAGAGAACGUCAGGCUGUUGCUAAAGGAUGAUGAAGAGGCUAGGAUCCUCAUGGGAGGUAAUGGGUUUGUUGAAGCUUUCUUGCGGUUUUUAGAAUCAGCUGUUCAUGAAAACGAUGUAGCCGCACAGGAGACUGGAGCUAUGGCUUUGUUUAACUUAGCAGUCAACAAUAACAGGAACAAAGAGUUGAUGCUGACUUCAGGAGUCAUCCCGCUGCUAGAGAAAAUGAUCACUUGUCCUCACUCCCAAGGGCCAGCAACUGCGUUAUAUCUAAACCUCUCCUGCCUAGAGAAAGCCAAGCCUGUGAUUGGCUCAAGUCAAGCAGUUGCCUUUUUCGUGAAGCUUCUUCUUCAGGAAGAAACACAGUGCAAGCUGGACGCUCUUCACGCUCUCUACAACCUCUCAACCCACUCUCCCAACAUCCCCACUCUCCUUUCAUGUAACAUCAUCAAAACCCUCCAAGUCCUAGCAUCAACAGGUGACCACUUGUGGAUAGAGAAGUCAUUAGCGGUAUUAAUAAACUUAGCCUCUAGCCAAGAAGGGAAAGAAGAGAUGAUAUCAUCACAAGGGAUGAUCAGCACUCUCGCAACGGUCCUGGACGCUGGUGACACGGUGGAACAAGAGCAGGCCGUUUCUUGCCUUGUGAUCUUGUGCACGGGAAGCGAGCAGUGUAUUCAGAUGGUGCUGCAAGAAGGAGUGAUUCCGUCUCUGGUUUCCAUCUCGGUGAAUGGAAGUAGCCGAGGAAGAGACAAGUCUCAGAAGCUUCUGAUGCUGUUCAGGGAACAGAGGCAACGAGAACAGGCGUCGCCGAAUAAAGAUGACGCUCCCAGGAAAAGCUUGUCUGCGCCAUUGCCAAUGUCUGUACCUGCUCAAGCUUCAGCUCAACCAGGGUCAGAGGGGAAGCCUUUGUUUAAAUCAACCUCUGCAAGGAGGACAAUGACGAGAGCAUUCAGCUUCUUUUGGAAGAAAAGCUACUCCAUCCACCGUUGAGAAGGAAAAGAUACAUUUGGAGUGUGUUCACAUUUACAUACUCGUAUGUAAAGCUGUUUUUUUUUUCCUUUGAUCCUUAACUUCUUACACAAGUCAUCUGAUAGGGAAGAACGAUAUGUAAAUGCCACUUUGGGACCUCACCUCACCAUUUUUGCUCACUUUUCCUCUCUCACCAGAGGUAAUCGUGUAGAUAGCUUACUGAUGUAACAGUUUUAUUUUUUUUCUUCUAUAUAUGAAACCUCACUUUCAGUA